AUGGCGACCGAUCUCGAAAUCAGAGCUAAAGAGGCCUUCAUCGACGACCACUUCGAAUUGGCCGUUGAAAUCUACUCUCAAGCCAUCGCUAUGGAUCCAAAGAACGCCGAGCUCUACGCCGACAGCGCUCAGGCCAACAUCAAACUCAAAAACUUCACUGGAGCUGUUGCUGAUGCCAACAAUGCGAUUGAAUUGGAUCCAUCAAUGGCUAAAGCAUAUUUGCGUAAAGGCACUGCAUGUAUCAAGCUUGAAGAAUAUCAGACUGCUAAGGCUGCCUUGGAAACAGGUGCUUCUUUAGCACCGGGGGAUUCAAGAUUCACUAGUUUGAUCAAAGAAUGUGAUGUGUGCAUUGCAGAGGAAGCUGGGGAGCUGCCCACACAAUCGAUGGAUACAAUCCCUACUAAUGUUACUACUCCUUCUCAACAAUUGGAUAAAGCUUCUGUAGCUUCAAACGAUGCUCAGCUGGUUAGUAACCUCUCCAAACAGGUGACGAUGGCUAAACCAAAAUACAGGCAUGGAUUUUAUCAGAAAUCAGAGGAAGUGGUUGUGACUAUAUUUGCAAAGGGUAUACCAGCUAAAAGUGUUGUGGUUGACUAUGGCGAACAAAUACUUAGUGUUUCCAUUGAUGUGCCUGGUGAAGAUGCAUAUACUUUUCAACCUCGGUUAUUUGGAAAGAUAAUUCCUGCAAAAUGCAGAUUUGAAGUUUUGUCUACAAAGAUUGAAAUACGACUUGCAAAAGCUGAACCCCUAAAUUGGACAUCUCUUGAAUUUAGCAAGGACAACACAGUUCCGCAGAAAUUGAUUGUGCCAUCAGGCAACCAGAAACCCAGCUAUCCUUCCUCGAAACCAAAGACAGUAGAUUGGGAUAAACUGGAAGCUGAAGUGAAAAAGCAGGAGAAAGACGAAAAACUGGAUGGAGAUGCGGCUUUGAACAAGUUUUUCCGAGACAUCUACCAAGAUGCUGAUGAGGACACAAGAAGAGCCAUGCAAAAAUCUUUUGUUGAGUCAAAUGGGACAGUGCUGUCGACAAAUUGGAAAGAAGUGGGUUCAAAGGCGGUGGAAGGAAGCCCUCCAGAUGGCAUGGAGAUGAGAAAAUGGGAAUAUUAG